UGAUAAAAAUAAAAAAUAAACUGUAGUUCUAAAAUUUUAUAAUUAUGACUCACUUCAUAGUGAAGUCUCGAUAGACUCUCUCUUCAUGAAAUCAUAGUGAAAUCUCAUUACUCUCUCUUCAUCUUAUUUCUUCUUCUCAACCAACAAAUCUCUCUCACCAAGAAGAUGAACAAUAUUGAAGCAACUCUAUUCCUCUGCUUCUUCUGCAUCUUCUCAUCUUCUAAUGUGCAUUUCGCCGGAGCUAAACAAACCGCCGGCAACAUCACGCCAUCGGAGAAUCCAUUCACACCAAAAGCUUCUUUGAUUCGUUAUUGGAACAAUCACAUCAAUGGCGAUUCACCAAAACCUUCUUUUUUCCUCUCAAAGGCCUCUCCUCUAACCGCCGUGGACUCCACGCGUUUCGCCUCACUCGCUUCUAAUCACGCGCUUAACACGCAUCACUCUGAUUUCUGCUCCGCCGCGAAACUCUUCUGCUUCCCUGAGCUCGCCGCUCAUUCCCUGGAAAAACACGGCGAUGACGUCAACUUCGCCGCUUACAGCGGCAAGAACUUCACAAACUACGGCUCCGACCGUCUCUCCGGAGCAGACUCAUUCAAAAACUAUUCCGGCGGUGACAACAUCGCCGUAGACUCAUUCCGACGUUACAGCCGAAACUCCGCCGGACACGACGAUGGAUUUACAAAUUACGCCGGAGAAGUAAACGUAGCUGACCAAAGCUUCACAACUUACGCCACCGGAACAACAGGAGGCUCCGGCGAAUUCACGAACUACAACACAGACGCAAACGAACCAAACGGAAGAUUCACUUCUUACUCCGAUAAAGCCAACGGAAGAUCACAAACCUUCACUACCUACUCCGAGAACGGCAACACCGGAUAUCAAUCAUUCACAAGCUACAGCAAAAACGGAAACGGAGCUCCGAAUGAGUUCUCGGGUUACGGAACCGGGUCAAACGUAGUUAAUACGGGUUUUACCAAAUACGGAGAAUCCGCUAACGGAGCUAACGACAGUUUCACGAGCUACGGAGAAAACGGUAAUGUUCCGGUUAACGAAUUUAAAGGAUACGGUGACGGAGGUAACGGCGCCGUUUAUGGGUUUAAAAAUUACAGAGACCAAUCAAACAUCGGAGUUGAUUCUUUCUCUUCUUACGCUAAAAACUCAAACAACGAGAAGGUCAAUUUCGUAAAUUACGGUAAAUCUUUUAACCUUGGCUCUGAUAAUUUCACCGGUUACGGCCAAGAUAACGUCGGAGGUAACGUCAGCUUCAAAACUUACGGCCAAGGACAGAGUUUUAAGGUUUACACUAAAGACGGCGUCGUUUUUGCGCGUUAUUCUAAUAAUGUGAGUUCUAAUGGCAAAACGGUGAAUAAGUGGGUUGAGGAGGGUAAAUUCUUCAGAGAAGCGAUGUUGAAAGAAGGGACUUUGAUGCAAAUGCCGGAUAUUAAAGAUAAAAUGCCUAAAAGGACAUUUUUACCCCGAAACAUAGUUAAGAAUUUACCGUUUUCGUCAUCUACGAUCGGAGAGAUUUGGAGGGUUUUUGGUGCCGGUGAGAAUUCAUCAAUGGCGGGGAUAAUCUCGUCGGCGGUUUCAGAGUGUGAGAGACCGGCGAGUCACGGUGAGACAAAGCGGUGUGUUGGAUCAGCGGAGGAUAUGAUAGAUUUCGCUACGUCGGUGCUCGGACGCGGCGUAGUGGUGAGGACGACGGAAAAUGUUGUCGGGUCAAAGAAGAAGGUCGUCAUUGGAAAAGUCAAUGGAAUCAACGGUGGAGAUGUAACAAGAGCAGUUUCGUGUCACCAGAGUUUGUACCCGUAUUUACUGUAUUAUUGUCACUCGGUUCCUCGGGUACGUGUUUAUGAAACGGAUCUACUUGACCCGAAGAGUUUAGAGAAGAUUAACCAUGGUGUUGCCAUCUGUCACAUUGAUACGUCAGCUUGGAGUCCGAGUCAUGGAGCGUUUUUGGCUUUAGGUUCUGGUCCGGGUCAGAUUGAAGUUUGCCAUUGGAUCUUUGAGAAUGAUAUGACGUGGAAUAUUAUUGAUUAAGGUUUAGGUCAUUUUUGGCCUUUUGUGGUACAUUUUUUUUUUUAGUUUGAGAUUUGCUUCAUCCGGUUUUUUUAUUUUCUGCAAAAUAUGUCACUCUCUCCCAUUUUGUUCAUAUAUAAUAUGUUUGAAGUUUGAUCAA